UUUAUGCUGUUGCUUUCAUAUCCUUCAGCUAAUUCCGGGCGACCCAUGUACUCAAAACUAACUCCAUCACAAUAAAGUCAUAAAAAAAAUCAAUUUUUUCAACAAAAACCCAACUAAUAUUCAAAGUCUAAGAGUUGGUGUAAAAACCUACAUAUAUACUUAUAUACUUUAGACCAUAUAAACACACUAUACAAACCACAAAAACAAUGGCUAAACUACCCCAAAUAAACCAAAUCAAUACAAGUAAUACCACUAUCAAUUUAUCUUCAACAUGGGGAAUUCGUAGCACUUAUCAUUUCCUAUCAAUUGUGCUCAUUUUUCUUGUCAUUUCCAUCUUUUACUUCAACCAAUACGACGGAUCAAAACCACUUCCGCCAUCGUCGUCGUCGCCGCCGCCGUCGAAAAACAAUGAUUUUGUUAAAGAAAUGGUGCACAAGUGUGAUUAUUUUUCGGGAAAAUGGGUGUUUGAUAAUGUAAGUCAUCCUUUGUAUAAGGAGAAAGAGUGUAGUUUCAUGGCAGAUCAAUUAGCUUGUGAAAGAUAUGGACGUAAAGACUUGAAUUAUCAAUAUUGGAGAUGGCAACCUAACCAUUGUGACCUCCUAAGGUUCAAUGCCACAACAUUGCUAGAGAAGCUAAGGAACAAACGACUUAUGUUUGUUGGAGAUUCCUUGAAUAGAAACCAAUGGAUCUCUAUGAUGUGUAUGGUGGAGUCCGCAAUUCCUCAUUCCCCAAAAUCCAUGCAGAUGAAUGGUUCCCUAUUCACCUACAAAGCCAUUGAAUAUAAUGCAACGAUAGAGUUUUAUUGGGCACCAUUGUUAGUGGAGUCCAAUUCUGAUGACCCAAUAAACCAUCGCGUACACGAGAGAAUAGCAAGAACCCAAGCCAUUGAGAAGCAUGCCAGAUAUUGGACCGAUGCUGACUUCCUCAUAUUUGACUCUUAUUUGUGGUGGAGAGUGCCCUUCAUGAAAGUAUUGUGGGGAAACUUUGAAAGUUCGGACGGAAUAUACAAGGAUGUAGAAAUGCUAAAGGGUUAUGAAAUGACAUUACAAACAUGGUCAGAUUGGCUAGAGAUUCAUGUCAACCAUUCUAAGACUCAAAUCUUUUGGAUGAGCAUGUCUCCCACCCAUGAAAGAAGUGAAGAAUGGGGAGGAGCAAGUGGGUUAAAUUGCUACAAUGAAACACAACCAAUCAAGAAGAAAGACUAUUGGGGAAGUGGAUCAGACCCAAAUAUGAUGAGAUUAGUGGAAGCAUCAAUUGAUAAUUUGAGAAAAAGGGGGUUAAACAUCCAACUACUCAACAUAACUCAGCUCUCAGAGUAUAGAAAAGAUGCCCACCUCUCAAUUUAUAGAAAGCAAUGGAAGCCUCAAAAAGAAGAGCAAUUAUCGAAUCCAAGUGGAUAUGCCGAUUGCUUUCAUUGGUGUCUUCCCGGUGUUCCCGAUACUUGGAAUGAGAUCCUUUACACUUAUAUUGUUAGUUCUUUAUGACAAAUAAUAUUCUUUUUUCUUAAUUACUUCAAUUGAAAGGAUUAGAUUAUAUUUGGUAUGCACAAAGUAAUUUAUACAAAGUGCCCUUAAUUUUGUUGAUUUUAUAAUGGGCUAAGGGCCUUGAUAGUUGAUAGUUACAAGAGAAAAGUGUAAGAAAUAAGUGAAUUUAGGUAUUGAAAAGGAGAAAUUGUUAUUUUCUCUUUAUACUUCACCUUGAAGUUUGUUUGAAUGAUAAAAUACACGUUUUAAAAAAUUAAAGCUUGUAAACACAUUAA